AAAAAAAAAAAAAAAGUAAAAGCCGAGUUUAUGUUUGUUUAUUGCUGGCCAUUACAACUGAGCUAAUUAGUUUUAUGUUCAUGUUUUAAUAAAUGUAAACAUUAAAACCCACGACAAUGAAUGGGAGUUCCAACCCGUUGUUAGAUAAAGGGGAACAUGUUUUGAAGCUGGGAGAGAGCUUUGAAAAGCGACCCAAAUCGUCUUUUCACACCAUCCGAUAUGAUUUUAAACCAGCAUCUAUUGACACUUCAUGUGAAGGGGAGCUUCAAGUGGGUAAAGGGGAUGAAGUGACAAUCACAUUACCCCACAUUCCGGGUUCUACACCACCUAUGACUGUGUUCAAAGGUAACAAAAGACCAUAUCAAAAAGACUGUGUGCUUAUCAUUAACCACGACACUGGAGACUUUGUGCUGGAGAAACUCAGCAGCAGUAUACAAGUAAAGAAAACCAGAGCUGAAGGCAGCAGUAAAAUUCAGGCCCGGAUAGAACAGCAGUCAGUCCGGGCAACCCAACCUCCAUUACAGUUCAGAGCCCCGACCAAGCCUGGUGCGGGAGUGAAAACAUCUCCCUCCAAGGACAACCCAUCCCCUGAACCUCAAUUAGAUGAUAUUAAGAGAGAGCUGCGUGCUGAGGUGGAGGUCAUUGAACAGAUGAGCAGCAGCAGCGGCAGUAGCAGCUCCUCAGACUCGGGGAGCUCCUCCGGCAGCGAGGACGACAGCUCCAGCAGUGAAGAAGAGGAGGAGGCCCACCCCUCCCCAACACAACACCAGCAGUACAGCAGCAGAAACCCCGUCUCCAACGGCACCAGUCAACCACAGGGCAGCAACCAGAUCAUGAGCACUCUCAGAAAUGACUUACAGCUGAGUGAGUCUGGAAGCGACAGUGAUGACUGAUUCUCACGAUCCCGGCAAUGAACACUUUGGACAGUGGUGUUGAUUUUGUAUGUUUACAAAGAUGUAGAACUUAUGAAACUUGCAUUUUAUUAACUGUUUUAUUGUAUUUUAAGAUUGCAAAAGCUGCCCUUUUUAAGAUGUUUUAUCACAAAGCUUGAAUACUUCACACAUAUGAGCAACAUUUACAUUUUAUCCAUGAUACAAGAUGUUAUACUGAGUACCACAUAUGCAUUAUGUGUCGCAUCAGCCUUUAUUAUAUACUGGAAGGAAAAAUGUACCUGUUAAUAAGCAGGUAACACAUAUUUUUAGGGUCCUGGCACUGACUAAAUCACAGUUAUCAUGACUGUCGUUUUCAUUUUAUUCUUCCUGGGAAUGUUGAAAAUGGGUCUCAUACAGUUGUAAAAACACAUUGAAGAGAAACCUUUAGGGACUAAGACCUUUUUGUACAUAUCAGAAUCUGUAUACAGUAUAGACCUCAUAAAUAAAUAUUUAGGCCUCUCCAGAAGUCCAGUUAGAUACAGCAUCUGUUAAAUAUAUUUCUAUUCUAUUCAAACCUCUUUAUUUUAAAUGAAUGCAGUUCAUCAUAGCAGUGAAGUGCUUCAAUGAGGGCCACUCUGGUAAUGCAACACAAUGUGUAGAGUACCACCUGUACUUUAAUAACUAUCAACAGCAUGGACUUCAUAGGAUGCCUGUUUUCAGAACCGGUAUUAAUAUGAAGUGUGGCAAAAACAGGAAUACCUUCCACUGCAGUUCCCUCUUCCACUAACCCUCUUGUUCCGUAGUUGUGUUUUUGGAGUUAUCACACAGCACACCCCCACUAGGAAGUAGACCAUCCAGUGCCUGGGAUUUAAAUACCACAAGUUAAAGUAUUACCUGUAUGUUGUGAAUGACUGCUGUGAUCUUGAAUUUGCAUAGUUCUUAAUAAUCAAAUGCGUACAUCAUUUAUGAAGUCAAAUGACCCCUUACAUUUUUAUUAUCAUAUCUUUAGCAUUAUCCUCUAUUUUAUAAGCUAUUAGCAGUUUUAUUAUUCAGUUUAAUCUUUUUAGAAUAUUAUGUUACUGUACAUUGUGUUUUAUUAUGCAUUAUGAAUUGUAUCUGCUUUAAAACUCACAAAUUCAUUCUGUAUAUUUGUGAAUUUAAGUCCUUUUCAUAUAUUUAAAUUUCUGUUUACCUUCCA